GCCACUUUAAAUUUAAGCGCAGUUUCCAUUGGACUCUGGAUGCGAAAUGUUGUUACUGGCGCUGAUCGUUGUAUUACUAUCUCUGAUCGUCUUCGCGGCCCGUCGACGUCAUGGAUACUGGCAGAGAAGGGGCAUUCCGCACGACGAGGUCCACCCACUUUACGGAAACAUCAAGGACUGGCCCAAUAGGCGCCACAUUGCGGAGAUAUUCCGGGAUUAUUACUUGAAAUACAAGAACUCCGAUUACCCAUUCGCUGGAUUUUUCUUCUUUUUCACCCGCACUGCUGUGGUCACCGAUCUGGAGUUGGUCAAGAGGGUGAUGAUCAAGGACUUCAAUCACUUCGAGAAUCGGGGAGUCUUCUACAAUGAGAUCGACGAUCCACUUUCGGCCACUUUGUUCAGCAUCGAGGGUCAGAAGUGGCGUCAUCUGAGGCACAAGCUGACACCCACUUUUACGUCCGGCAAAAUGAAGAACAUGUUUCCGCUCGUUGUGAAAGUUGGCGAAGAAAUGGACAAGGUCUUCAGCAGUAAAACCGCUGCGGGUCGCAGUCAAGUCUUGGAGGUUGUGGAUCUGGUGGCACGGUACACCGCCGAUGUGAUCGGCAACUGCGCAUUCGGUCUCAAUUGCAACAGCUUGUACGAUCCGAAGGCUGAAUUUGUGGCAAUUGGCAAGCGGGCGAUCACCGAGCAUCGCUACGGCAAUAUGCUGGAUAUAUUCCUGUUUGGAUUUCCCAAGCUAUCGCGUCGCUUACGCUUGAAACUACACAUCCAGGAGGCAGAGGACUUCUACACCAAGAUCGUGAGAGAAACCAUUGACUACCGCCUGAGGACGAAGGAGAAGCGAAAUGAUUUCAUGGACAGUCUGAUAGAGAUGUAUAAGAACGAGCAGUCGGGAAAUUCGGAGGAUGGUCUGACCUUUAACGAGUUGCUCGCUCAGGCUUUCAUAUUCUUUGUGGCUGGGUUCGAGACGAGCUCCACGACCAUGGGAUUCGCUCUAUAUGAGCUGGCCAGGAACCAGGAUGUUCAGGAUAAACUCAGGAAAGAGAUUGACGGUGUGUUCGGCAAAUACAAGAACGAGUUCACCUACGAGGGAAUCAAAGAGAUGAAAUACCUGGAGCAGGUUGUGAUGGAAACCCUGCGGAAGUAUCCAAUACUGGCUCAUCUAACAAGAAUGACUGAGACCGACUUUUCGCCAGAAGAUCCCAAACAGUUCAUUGCCAAGGGAACUAUUGUUGUGAUAGCAGCUCUGGGCAUUCACUAUAACCCGGAAAUAUAUCCGGAACCGGAGAAGUUCAAGCCGGAGCGAUUUACGGAUGAGGCAAUCACGGCGAGAACCUCCUGCACCUGGCUGCCAUUUGGGGAAGGUCCACGGAAUUGCAUCGGUCUUUGAUUUGGACUGAUGCAAACCUGCGUUGGAUUGGCCUAC